GCCCCUCUCCCUCUCUCCCACCCCGCAGCCGCCGCGCAGGUAGCCCUAGCACCCGCGACGAGCAGGAUCUGCCCAGGUAAAUCGUCUUCAAGCCGGAUGCAUGCCGGCAGCUAGUUUCUUCUCUGUCCCUUAUUCCCCACUCCAAGUGUUUGUCUGGUCAGUAGUUGCUCUUGCGGUAGUUCCCCCAACUGUCACCAUGCAGAACGAGGAGGGUAAGACUGUGGACCUCUAUGUCCCCAGGAAGUGCUCGGCCACAAACAGGAUCAUCACUGCCAAGGACCAUGCCUCUGUCCAGAUCAACAUUGGCCACUUGGAUGCGAAUGGCCUGUAUGAUGGUCACUUCACAACGUUUGCUCUCUCUGGGUUUGUCCGUGCUCAGGGCGACGCAGACAGCUCCUUGGACAGGUUGUGGCAGAAGAAGAAGGUUGAUAUCAAGCAGUAGAUUUUACAUCUAGUUUACCAAGAAUUGGACACUGCCUUAGCUAUGUUUUGAAUUCAUGUCACUAUAUGCAAUGUUGUGAUUUCAGCUGGUACCUUAAAUCUGAAGAUUUAGUAUCUUUGUUGGGUUCCUUCUGA